GGAGUGUCAACAUGCAAGAUGGCGGCCCAUCACCGGCAGAACACGGCAGGUCGGAGGAAAGUACAGGUGUCCUAUGUUAUUCGAGAUGAAGUGGAGAAGUACAAUCGGAAUGGGGUCAAUGCCCUGCAGCUGGAUCCAGCACUGAAUAGACUCUUCACCGCCGGCCGAGACUCCAUCAUAAGAAUAUGGAGUGUAAAUCAGCACAAGCAAGAUCCAUAUAUAGCAUCGAUGGAACACCACACCGACUGGGUAAAUGACAUCGUGCUCUGCUGUAAUGGGAAAACAUUAAUAUCUGCUUCUUCUGAUACAACGGUAAAAGUAUGGAAUGCACAUAAGGGAUUUUGCAUGUCAACAUUAAGGACACAUAAGGAUUAUGUCAAAGCCUUAGCAUAUGCCAAGGAUAAAGAACUGGUAGCCUCAGCUGGAUUGGACAGACAGAUAUUUCUUUGGGAUGUGAAUACUCUAACAGCACUGACUGCCUCCAAUAACACUGUCACAACUUCUUCUUUAAGUGGGAACAAAGAUUCUAUUUAUAGCCUGGCAAUGAAUCAACUGGGAACAAUCAUUGUAUCAGGGUCCACCGAGAAGGUUUUAAGAGUAUGGGAUCCAAGAACGUGUGCAAAACUUAUGAAGCUCAAAGGGCACACAGAUAAUGUGAAAGCAUUACUGUUGAACAGAGAUGGCACACAGUGUCUCUCCGGCAGUUCUGAUGGGACAAUUCGCCUGUGGUCCCUUGGGCAGCAGAGAUGCAUAGCAACAUACCGAGUGCAUGAUGAAGGUGUUUGGGCUUUGCAAGUCAAUGAUGCCUUCACCCACGUCUACUCUGGAGGAAGGGACAGGAAGAUUUACUGUACAGACCUAAGAAACCCUGACAUUCGGGUGCUGAUUUGUGAAGAAAAGGCACCAGUUCUCAAGAUGGAACUUGAUAGGUCAGCUGACCCCCCUCCUGCCAUCUGGGUGGCAACAACUAAGUCUACCGUAAAUAAAUGGACACUGAAGGGAAUUCAUAAUUUUAGAGCCUCUGGAGAUUAUGACAAUGACUGCUCAAAUCCUAUAACACCUCUUUGUACGCAGCCUGACCAGGUUAUUAAAGGGGGUGCGAGUAUUAUCCAGUGCCACAUUCUUAAUGAUAAGAGACACAUAGUAACCAAAGAUACCAAUAAUAACGUGGCAUAUUGGGAUGUACUAAAGGCAUGUAAAGUUGAAGAUCUGGGAAAAGUGGAUUUUGAAGAUGAAAUUAAGAAAAGAUUUAAAAUGGUAUAUGUGCCAAAUUGGUUCUCAGUAGACUUAAAAACAGGGAUGUUGACGAUUACUCUGGAUGAGAGUGACUGCUUUGCGGCUUGGGUGUCUGCAAAAGAUGCUGGCUUCAGCAGCCCCGACGGGUCAGAUCCAAAAUUGAAUUUAGGAGGACUUUUACUUCAGGCACUCUUAGAAUACUGGCCAAGAACCCAUGUGAGCCCAAUGGAGGAAGAAGAAAAUGAAGUCAACCAUGUAAAUGGGGAGCAAGAGAACCGAGUGCAGAAGGGAAAUGGAUACUUUCAAGUGCCCCCACACACCCCCGUGAUCUUUGGUGAAGCUGGAGGCCGCACACUGUUCAGGCUGCUCUGCCGCGAUUCCGGGGGCGAGACUGAGUCCAUGCUUCUUAACGAGACGGUGCCACAAUGGGUAAUUGACAUCACUGUGGAUAAAAAUAUGCCCAAAUUCAACAAAAUUCCUUUCUACCUCCAACCUCACGCAUCUUCGGGAGCAAAAACCUUGAAAAAAGAUCGACUCUCUGCCAGCGACAUGCUCCAAGUCCGCAAAGUGAUGGAGCAUGUGUAUGAGAAAAUCAUCAACCUGGAUAACGAGUCUCAAACCACUAGCUCUUCUAAUAACGAGAAGCCGGGAGAACAGGAAAAAGAGGAGGAUAUCGCUGUGCUGGCUGAGGAGAAAAUUGAACUUUUGUGCCAGGACCAGGUUUUAGAUCCCAAUAUGGACCUCCGCACCGUGAAGCACUUCAUAUGGAAGAGCGGAGGUGACCUCACCCUCCAUUACCGCCAGAAGUCAACGUGAAGGGCUACAGACACUCCUGGGUAUUCGUGUACUGACCCUUCUCUGUGGCCCCGAGAGUAGUCCUAGGAAGCCCACUGAGCCCCCUCAGGAGCAAGACUUCUCAUGGACCAGGAGUAUCUUGCCACGGAAGUGACUAAUUGAGAUGUAAAAUAGGCACCAGUCUCCUUGUGUAGAUUAAACUGUCCCCAGGGAGGCAGACACCGGCGAGAAGAGGACCCCCUCCCGUAGACGUACAUGGCUCACAAGAUACACAGAGGACUGAUGGCACAGGCCAGUGCAGCCUGCUGCCUCCUGGUGUUUCCAAGGACCUCGUCUGUCUGCCAGCACGUGAUGAAGACACACUGGUCGGCCACCUCUCUGUCACUGUGUUUCAAACAUACUCCCAACCCACGUGCUCUGUAGCUUUUCUAAGAGGACAUUCCAUUCACGCAGUACCGAUGAAGGCUUUUUUUCCAAGUUUGUCAUAAAAAAAAUAGUUCUCACCGUGGAAAAGUUAUUUUAAUGGGAAUUUGCUGCUGCACAAUUUGAGAGCCAGCCCAUUUCAUAAUAAAUGGUUAAUAUUGGGCUUGUUUUUAAUACCGCAUCUCAGAUAUGUUCUUGUAGGAAGCGCUGUUGAGAUUCCAGGGGCUGGAUCACGGCAGGUUGCUUGCCCCACCGACUGGCCAGCACAGCGUUCCCACACUCUGGGCCGUGAGACAGCCCCGGGGAAGCACGGCGGCCUCACUCCUGCAGUUCCCAGCUUCGUGCUCCCUGAUGCCUGAUCCAGGGAGCAGCCUACACUGUCGGGACUUCAGACCACGAUGAUAUUUUCAUUUCCUUUGAAUGCUACUUAAAAAUUAUGGUGUCUGGGUAAAGAGCUCUCACAGUGACUUGAUUUGAUACUCAUACCCCAGAAGUGUACAUGUUUGUUUUUCCAGAGUUUUAUAUGCAGGUUUUUGUUGUUGUACCUGUGUCCAGAGCUGCUUUUCACGGUUCUUUCUAACAAUCUGAAGCUUUCAGAGUCAUUUGGAUCUUGUACAUAAUGUAGCUAAUUGGGGAUAAACACUUUAACUCUUGGCAGAAAAACUACUUUGGAUUCUCCCCGAGGUCAUUUGUAUUCGGAAUAAAUGGUCCACUCCCAAAAACCGCGGUCAGACAAGCCUCCUAUUCGAAGCCAGAAGCACAAGUGCCUUCAGAGGGCAGUUUUCUCCGGUCCAAUCCCCUCCCCAGCUUGUGUGCGGCCUGUCCCCACAACAGCAGGGGCCAGGGAGGGCUUUUUUUUUUCUACGUUGCCACAGGUCCAGCUGGGGACAGCUGAUGGGCCCCUGACCCAGGUAUUCCUGGUCAAGACAUCCUGAUCCACACAGGGUUCCCUCACUGCUGGUCAGCUUUCUUGGGAAGUAAGUAGGCCCCCGAGCUUUGAAGCAGUGAGCAGAGGCGGGGUCCUGUUUCCAGGGAGCGGCCGUGGCCUUUCUCCCUCCAGCAGAGAGCAGCCCACUUUUUUAACAGGUUCUUUCUACCUAUCUGUUGGAUACCACCGUGCACUUUGGGUGCGCAUUUUUUAGCAAUAGUUACAGAUUAAUGGCGGAACGAACAAACGCAGCUCCCUUACCAGCCCUUCCUUGUUUGCAUGAGGGGCCCGUGAGGUAGAGGAGUGGGCUCAACUGGAGAGGUGCACUCUGCCGAGCCUCACGGAGCAGCCACAUUCCCCGUCAUCGAUUGGACACCCCACCCCACCCCAGCAUGGUUCUACACACACACACACCCUUUUGAUCAAACCAGUAAUGCAAUUUCCAGAAAAUGUCAGUCUGCAAUGCGAAAAGGGUGGGGGAAAUCUGUAUUCACAGUUGUAUAGAAUAAAGGCUUUAGACAUCA